GAUUUGUAAUAUUUUAUUUACGUCACGAUCACUUUAAUUAAUCAUCUGAUCUUUGUAUUCGUCUCAAAAACAGCCAUUAUGAAUGUGAUCACACUUAUGAUAACUUGACUGGAUGAAACUCACAAUCUCCUUGUAAAAUAAGAAUAUAAAAGGAGACGGGUAUGUGAUCGGUUUAAUUGAUGUGAUAUCGUAGUCUGGAAGUAAGUUAAUCAAAUAUUCAGUAUUCAAUUAUUGUUUCCGUAGCUUUUUGAAAUUUACCUGAAAAAUAUAGACUAACACUGAUGUACAAUUUUUCAAUAAUAGAAACAGUCAUAUAUAACAAAACGUUGUGAUCAACAAAUCGUAUCAUUUUUGUAAAGAAAAAUUCAUAAUUAUCUAGUGGAGUUCACCACUCAGAGUGAAUGAGUGUAGUGCAAUGUUGAGAAUCGACUGAAGUUAGUAUUUUGGACUGUGAGAGGCCAAACUGGCGAUCUAAACCUCAAAGAAUCAAAAUGAUACGUAAAGCAUUCAUGAUUGAACACUGUUCUGGAGGUUCAUACUGGGACAACAAGUCAAAUCUACUGAUCUUGAAUCUCCUACAGUUGUUACCCGAACCCUGUCUUUGACCAAACAUUAUGAGUUGAACAAUCUCUACAUAUAUCUAGCAAGUAUUCUCUGGGUAGUAAAAGCUGUUCAGUAUACAUUACGAUGCUCUAAUAAACUUCAUUUCAGCAAUUCACUCGAUGUAUUACGCAAAAUGGAAUCGGUAUUCACCGUAUGAAACAGAAAUUUAAAUAUUGCACCAAGCGAACCUGGUCAACAAAAUACUUAAAUAACACAUGAGAUAUGUAGAUUGAUUCUCUCAGAGGUUAAUGAAAUAGUGGAAAGUUAACAUACGAUGAAAAAAUUCCGUCAAUCUUAAUUAUAUUCUGAGCUAACAUAUACAGAUGGAGCAAUUAGACCGGCAUUAGCUUUUAGAUUUUCAAUAGUAAAAAGUCAAAUAACCAAUCAUUUUCUAAUAUAUUGAUCUUGACUAACAUAUAUCAGAUGAUAUGUUGUUAUUUUGAUGACUGCUCAAUCCAAACACAUAUUAUCGUUGUGAGAAAUUGCUUCGUCUAUAGACCACCAUUUCCGUGCCCCACGUUUUCAGUGUAUAACAUCACACCAUCUGCGAUGUUAUGUAAAUAUCUCACCCUAUACGCAUAACAGCUUCUUGACUGAACGUUCAUUAAAAUUCCAGCUUACACUACAGACAAAUAUUUCAAAUGAAUUUUAAGUUGAAUCACCUCACAAUGAUGAUCACAAAUACGAUCGUUGUUCUUUUUAUAUUCACAACUCUACUGCUAAAUACUCACAACGCUAUGGAGGGAAAAUCGCCAAAGAAAACCCCCAUAAAUCGAAGUCGGUCAGUCAACAAAACCCUUUUCAACUUAACUGAUACUAAAAACAAAACUGUAUUUGAUAAUUGGAUAGAGUAUUCAGAUAACGUUCACCGAUCUAAAGCUACACUCGUACCACUUUAUGGAGAGCGGAUAAACUAUAUUUCGGUUUUGCCAGAAUAUGACGGUGUAGUAAUUGAUGUUCAUAGACAAGGUCUAGAUUCUACCUUCAAACUGAUCUUCUAUGGAAACUGUGUGGAUGUACAAAAUUGUUUAUUAUGUGAGUCAAAUUUUGAGACAACUGGCGUACGACAACGAAUAGAACUACCAUUUGGCAAAUUUACGCAACACAAUCGUGGAAGACAGAUAUCUAAUCGAUUGCCGCCAAGUUUAAACCAGGUAUCUCAAAUUGGAAUACAAGCAUACACAGGUAGAGAUGGGACUAAACAGCACGCUGGUGUAGGUUCCAUCGAAAUAUUCACUAUUUCAAUAUAUAAAGAAGCUGGAAAGUCAGUUUGA